CUCGCCAGUAUGCUUCACGUCCACAACUGGAUGAGAAGUAUAUAUAUAUACUUUUCCUUGCAACGGAUUGUAUUUGGAAUUGUAUGGUGUGCCAGAUGGGAGAACUUUCUUUCAUAAGGAGGACAAUAUGGGUAGGCUGCACCGCGUCGUCUUGCGUAAGUUUCCAACGAGCCGUUGCGUAAACCGUUACUCGACAGCAACACUUUCUUCGUCUGCCAGGAUGAUGUCUCUCAAUGCCAGAAAUCGGAUUUCUCUUAUGUUAACCGCAUUCGUCGUGGGUUGCUUCAUAUUCGGCCAAGCAUCUCACACAGCAGAGAAGGAUGUAUCUUAUUCAAAAUUUCAAAUCUGGAGGAUCACGCCACGUACGAAAGAUGAGAAUAGCAACUUUUUUAGAGCGAUUCAAAGUUACGAAACUGAAAUAUGGAAAGAUAUUACUACAGGCACGAAUACCGAGUAUACCUUUCUGGUACCGCCGCAAAUCCAAACAGAAAUCAAACGAAAGUUUAACGUAGCCAACGUGUCUUACGUCGUCGAAAUCAGUGACUUACAAACCGCCAUCAACGAAGAAAACCCCGUCACUGCUAAUAAUAACAGCUGGUUUUUAAAUUCUACCUUUGACAAUAACAAAACGGCUCAUAGAAUGGACUGGACUAGUUACCACCGACUGGACGACAUUUACGGAUACCUGGAUUAUCUGGCGGAUACAUACCCGAAAAUUGUCCAGUUGAUCAAUAUCGGCGCUUCGUAUGAGAAUCGAACGCUCUACGUCGUUCACAUUUCGCACCCAUCUUCCAUUCCCGACACAAAACCAGCCAUCUGGAUUGACGCAGGGGUUCACGCUCGAGAGUGGAUAUCCCCAGCGUUGGCCACCUACAUCAUCCACCAACUUGUUGAGGAUCCGGCAAACGAGGGGCUUUUGCUCAGCGCCGAUUGGUAUAUUAUGCCCGUCAUGAACCCAGAUGGUUACGAGUACUCGCAUGUCAAAAAUAGGCUUUGGCGGAAAAGUCGAUCUGAGACAGGAUCGCGAAAAUGUCGAGGUGUUGAUCUGAAUCGGAACUUUGGUUUCCAGUGGGGUGAUCGUGGCUCCUACGCAGAUCCAUGCGCAAUUUCAUUCAGAGGAAUCAAGGCAUUCUCCGAGCCGGAAUCCAUUGCCACUUCAAAUUUCAUUCUUAAAAAAUCUAAUCUCAUAAAACUUUAUUUGACGUUGCACAGCUUUGGCCAGGCGGUCCUGAUUCCUUGGGGCCAUUCCGCUACUCUUCCGUCCGACUAUGGCGACAUGUUGGCACUCGCUAAAAGUGCCACGUCAACUUUCCAGCACUACAAGUUCAAAGUCGGUAAUGUGGCGGCCCUAUUUUAUCGAGCUUCAGGGAACUCUGCAGAUUGGGCCAAAUCAAUUGGCAUCAAGUACUGCUAUACAGUUGAACUUCCCGCCAAAGGAUUUAUCCUGCCAGCUUCGAAUAUUUUGCCUGUGAGCCAGGAUUUCUUUUCAGCCUUGGAUGUUUUCGCUGCUGAAGUAGCCACACUCCAUGUCUAAUCAAAAUUCCCUUUUCCCUUCUAUAUGCCAUACGACAACAAAGUAGUUACAGUAUGUAUCUGUAUAUAGAUGCAUAGGAAUUGUAGCAAUUAGUAUCGGACAAAGUUCUGUACAGGUUAAUAGCAUAUGUUAUUCACCUGGUGUAAAAUAAAUACAGCAGGUGUUUAUUAUGG